GGUGAGAAGUGUGGGGUUUUGGUGUUGUAUCGACGACGAGAACCGGGGAUGUGGGGCAGGAGGAUCAACGCAGAAGAGUUGAAGUGAAGAAGGAAUCAAGUGGGUAGUUGAUGUCCUUGGGUCUGGUUUGGAUUAUUUUUCAGGGGCGCUCGACUUCACGGGAUUCGUAGGAGAGGGAGCGAGGCAGGAUAGCGGGAGGGCUUUCCCGCUUGGAGCUGGGUUGGAUGGAUGGUUGGAUGGAUGGUUGGAUGGUUGGCUGGGUGGAUGGUUGGAUACCUCCUAAGUACCUAUGCGAUAGGGGAGAUAUGCGAGGACGACGACGCCGACUGCCUUGUGAUGAUUGAGGUGAAGCUGCUGGACGCGGGGAAGCCGAGAGUCCCGUUGGAGUGUGAAGAAGCAGAAAUCUCAGACGACGAACGACAGCUUUCUUUCUUUCUUCUUUCUUUCUUCUCGCACUUUCACGGCGGUCGGCGAAGGAGAAGAAUACGGACGACAGUUCUUUGGGAACGGGGGGUGGGUUUGAAGGGAAGCUAUCGGACUGGGAGCAGACUAUUGUCUUUUAGCAGCUCUGUAUGGCGGCGGACGAUGCUGAAAGCACUCUAGAGAAAGAUGUUCAGCAGUUGCUGAGUGGGCGCUGGCAGUCUGCAG